ACCCAUGGCCUGUAUGUUAGGCACAACCAUUCCAGCGUCUCACUCGUCCUCCUCCUCGGCAUGGCUGCAGAGAUGCGUCCAAUGCCCUCCUCGCCGAGCGCGCCCAUCCUCGCGUCGUGUUGGUGCCCGUGCUGCUGCUGCUGCUGCUGGUGUUGGUGUUGCCGGGGUGGAGGAGCAGCAAGGCGAGCAGCUCAAGUGGGUGCGGCGGAGCCACUACUGUGGCGAGGUGAGUGAGGCGGAGAUUGGGCUGAGGGUGCGCAUUUGUGGCUGGGUUGCGCUCCGUCGCGACCAUGGCGCCGUCACAUUCAUCAACGUUCGCGACCACACGGGAAUGGUGCAGGUUGCGGCGGCGGAGGCUAGUAGCGGAGCACAGGCGGUGGCGGAAAGGCUGAGAAUAGAGUACGUGGUAGCGGUGGAGGGAACAGUGCGCUCGCGGCCUCAGGGUGCCGCCAACACAAAUUUGAAGACUGGAAGCGUCGAAAUCAUCGCGGACAAGGUUGAGGUGCUCAACCCCGUCAGCUUGAACCUUCCUUUCUUGGUCACGCCCCUCGACCAGUCCAAAAACGUCAUCUCCGAGGAAGUUCGUCUGAGAUACCGACACCUGGACUUGCGGCGCCCCCAGCUGAAUGCCAACCUCAGGCUCCGCCACCGCAUCGUUAAGCUCAUGAGACGUUACUUGGAAGACGUCCACGGCUUUGUCGAGGUGGAGACACCGAUACUGUCGAGAUCCACUCCCGAAGGAGCGCGAGAUUACCUGGUGCCAUCGCGAGUGCAGCCAGCCACUUUCUACGCUCUUCCGCAGAGCCCGCAGCUGUUCAAGCAGAUGCUCAUGGUGUCUGGUUUCGAUAGAUACUUUCAGUUUGCAAGGUGUUUCAGGGACGAGGAUCUUAGAGCCGACCGUCAACCCGAGUUCACGCAGCUCGACAUGGAGCUUGCAUUCACACCGCUGGAAGAUAUGCUCGAGCUCAAUGAGGACCUCAUCAGGCUUGUUUUCCGGGAGAUUAAAGGCGUAGAACUUCCGGAUCCCUUUCCACGGCUCACGUAUGCCGAGGCCAUGUCCAAGUAUGGUUCAGACAAGCCUGAUACACGCUUCGGAAUGCAACUCGUCGAGCUGUCGGAUGUGUUUGAAAAAUCGAGCUUUGCUCCGUUUGCCACAGCCAUCAGCGAAGGCGGUGUUGUCAAGGCAAUAACAGUGUGUGGCGGCGGCAAGUCGAUCACAGCCACCCGGUUGAAGAAGGGGGACAUAUAUCAAGAAGCAGUCAGAUGCGGUGCUAAAGGCCUGCCUUUUCUCAAGGUGGCCGAAGGAGGAGAGGUGGAAGGCAGCACAGCGCUCAAGUCGAGCUUGUCUUGUCCUGAGACGAGAGACAACUUUCUGGCCAAAUGUGACGCAAAGCCUGGGGAUGUGAUUAUCUUUGCAAACGGGCCUACAUCGCUCGUCAACGCGACGCUCGGCCGACUGCGAACGCUUAUUGCCGAGACAAGUGACAACCUCAUCGACAAGAGCCGCAAUGACAUUCUUUGGAUCACUGAUUUUCCUAUGUUCGAGUGGAACGAUACGGAAAAGCGACUUGAGGCGCUCCACCAUCCAUUCACCGCUCCGAGGCCAGAAGACAUGAAGGAUCUCAGCUCUGCUCGUGCUCUUGCUUACGACAUGGUCUACAACGGCGUGGAAAUUGGGGGUGGAAGCUUGAGGAUUCACAGGCGUGACGUGCAGCAAAAGGUGCUCGAGGCAUCCGGUUUGAGCGCUCAAGAGGCGGAAGAUAAGUUUGGCUAUUUGCUGGAAGCAUUAGAGCUGGGUGCUCCUCCGCAUGGAGGAAUCGCGUAUGGUGUGGACCGGCUGGUAAUGCUGCUUGCGGGAGAGAAAUCGAUAAGGGAUGUGAUUGCCUUUCCAAAGACGACGGCUGCUCACUGCUCCCUCACAAGAACACCAUCUACAGUUGAUCCCAGGCAGCUCCAGGAGCUUCGGCUGCAAUGCACCAUUGCACAUCCAUAAUUUAUUUUUCGUUUUCAUUUUUUC